CAGAGGGUGGUUGCUAUGGAAAUCUGGAUGCUGACGACGGCUGGUAAGGGAGGACAGACUGGCUUCAUACUUAUCUGCAGGCUUGUCAGUCAGAGCCUGUGCCAUCCUCACCUUCAAGAUAACAGAGAGCACCUAGCACAGCCAAAGAAAGAUAGAGGGGAAUAUAAAGAAAAAGAAACCAAAAUAUAAAAGAGAAGAGACUGAAGGAUACAGAAGCAGCUAGAGACAGAUAAGCAGCACUGGAAAGGUGACCGCUGGGAACAGCCAGGGGGAAAAAAAAGCAAGAUACAUAAUUUAAUAGAAACAUUUCUUGAAAUCUACUGCCUAAAGAGAACGAUUGAAGGGCAGAGAGGGAGAAGGACAAGAAAAACAAAGAUAGAAUAUAGACAGGGGGGUGAGAGAUUUGUGCAGAGGGGAAAUAGAAUAAUAGAGCUGAGGCAGAGAAAAAAUUCAAAGGGGGGAGUUUAAAAGGACCUUUGCCCCCCCCCCCAUUUAAUGGUAUAAAAGGAAACAAAAGCACAGCUUUAGCAACAAAACCAGGGGAUUAAAGGAAAGAAGUGGAACAGCCACCCUCUCUGCUCUACUGUCAUUAUCACACCGAUCUCAAGGCAACUUGGGGGGCAACAGGAAUGGCCACGAUUACCUGCACGCGAUUCAGUGAGGAAUAUCAACUUUUCGAGGAGCUGGGAAAGGGAGCUUUCUCCAUUGUACGAAGAUGUGUGAAAGUUUUAUCUGGUCAGGAGUAUGCAGCAAAAAUCAUUAAUACAAAGAAGCUCUCUGCCAGAGAUCACCAGAAGCUGGAACGUGAGGCUCGCAUCUGUCGUCUCCUGAAGCAUCCAAAUAUAGUAAGACUUCAUGACAGCAUUUCCGAAGAAGGGCACCAUUACCUGGUGUUUGAUCUGGUUACAGGAGGAGAGCUGUUUGAGGAUAUUGUUGCCAGAGAAUAUUACAGUGAAGCAGAUGCCAGUCAUUGCAUUCAGCAAAUUUUAGAAGCAGUUCUGCAUUGUCACCAGAUGGGAGUAGUGCACAGAGAUCUGAAGCCAGAGAACCUUCUAUUGGCUUCAAAACUAAAGGGAGCAGCCGUCAAACUGGCAGAUUUUGGACUGGCCAUUGAGGUGGAAGGUGAACAACAGGCUUGGUUUGGCUUCGCAGGAACGCCCGGCUAUCUCUCUCCUGAAGUUCUAAGGAAAGACCCCUAUGGAAAGGCUGUGGAUCUCUGGGCCUGUGGGGUUAUUCUGUACAUUUUACUUGUUGGUUACCCUCCUUUUUGGGAUGAAGAUCAACACAGACUAUACCAGCAAAUCAAAGCCGGUGCUUAUGAUUUUCCUUCCCCAGAGUGGGACACCGUCACUCCAGAGGCCAAAGAUCUCAUUAACAAGAUGCUCACCAUUAACCCAUCUAAAAGAAUUACUGCAGCGGAAGCACUGAAGCAUCCAUGGAUCUCACACCGUUCAACAGUUGCUUCGUGUAUGCACAGACAGGAGACAGUAGACUGCCUGAAGAAGUUCAAUGCUAGACGAAAGCUAAAGGGGGCCAUUUUGACUACAAUGCUGGCAACUCGGAAUUUCUCAGGGGGCAAGAGUGGAAGCAACAAGAAGAAUGACGGAGUCAAGAAAAGAAAGUCAAGUUCCAGUGUCCAGUUGAUGGAAUCAUCAGAGAGUACGAACACCACCAUUGAGGAUGAAGACACUAAAGCUCAAACUGUGAACAUUGCAUCAGGGUUUGAAAAUCCAAUCGCACCCAAAAAGCCUUCACAAACAGUGAGAAAGCAGGAAAUCAUCAAAGUGACAGAGCAGCUGAUAGAAGCUAUUAGCAAUGGAGAUUUUGAAUGUUACACUAAAAUGUGUGACCCUGGAAUGACUGCGUUUGAGCCAGAAGCAUUGGGAAAUCUAGUAGAAGGGCUGGACUUUCAUCGUUUCUACUUUGAGAAUUUGUGGUCACGGAGCAAUAAACCUUUACAUACUACCAUCUUGAACCCACACAUUCACCUGAUGGGGGAUGAAUCUGCCUGUAUUGCCUACAUCAGAAUUACCCAGUACCUGGAUGCUAGUGGUGUGCCUCGCACUGCCCAGUCAGAGGAGACAUGUAUCUGGCACCGCCGUGAUGGGAAAUGGCAAAAUGUGCACUUCCACCGGUCAGGAGCUCCAUCUGUUCUCCCACACUGAAAUUUUGGCAAAGAACAAGGGCUUUCAUUAAUAUAGCAAGAAGAGGAAGCCCACUUUGAUCUUCUGCAAGCCCGGCCCCCCUCUCUUUCUCUGCUCCGCUCUUAUUGCACUGGUUCAGCCAUGCUUUUAUUCAUGACUUUGCCGAUGAGGGACCAGGUGUCUGACAUGUUCAAAAUAUUUGAGAGUAUGUAGAUGUGCGUCAGGGUUGUGUUAUACCACUGAUAGAAGAUGUGUUGUGAGAGUGUAUAUGCAUGCCCAUUGUGUUCAAGUUCCCCCCACUGACAAGAAGACAUAUGUGUGAGUGUAUGCAUGCCCACUGUGUACAAACUACAACAUCCCACUGAUAUGAGCAUAUGUGUGCGAGUGUAGGCAUGGCCGCUGUGUACAAGUUACAACAUAGCACUCGAGUGAGUGUAUGCAAGCCUACUGUGUAUAAGCAAUGUCAUGCCACUGUUAAGAGAACAGGGAGAGAGGGGGAUAGGCCUUCUCUGAAAAUCUAUUUUACAAAAUAUGGGGAAAACUGAUUUAUGCUGUUUAUGAGCAAUUCAACCCCACAGACCUUUGAAUUUGUUUUCUCAACAGUAGAUCUGGGGGUGUUUAUAGAGAAUUAUGAAGGACUUUUACAGAACCGACUGACUAAUCAGUAUUAUGUAUCUGUUGAAAUACUAAAAAGGCCUUCAGCGGUUAGCAGUUCUGUAAUGGGUUUCAAAGGAAAAGCUACUCCACAAACAUCCCGACUGUGUGUGUGAUGAAGCAACAAGAUAACCAAAAGCACAAGUUAAGGCCUCAAGAAACGUUUUCAUAUUGUUCUUAGCUGGGAAGUCUGUUCACCCUUAUCCAGAAAAAUGAACUCUCUGUUACUUGUUCUACUUUAUUUGGCAUUAACUAAGGUUGCCAGAAACACUCAGAGCUGCAGGUUUUGCUUCUUUUUUUUUUGAUGAAUAAAAAUUGUUCUAAUCAGAUAUUUUACAGGCAUCAUACCAUCGCCUGUUAGAAUGUAAAUUUCUUUUUGCAGUGAAAGUGCCAUAAAUAUACAGUACCACUAAGUAAUUCUAAAGCAACAAACAAGUUCAAAAGAAGAAAAAAAAACAAUGCAGAGAGAGAACAUGCAAGUUAGAGUAAUAAUAAAUAUAAAAAUAAACACAUAUACACACACACACAUAUAUAUAUAUUUUGUGGAAAUAAUCCGUGUGUUAAACAAAAAAAACAAAAAAUACGUAUUUCUAUUGCAAAUCUAUUAUAUGCAUGCUUUUUAUAGAAGUUUUAAAGAAGAUUCUUACAAUAACUUAAGUGCAGAAUGUUAAAAUGAGGUUUUUUUCUUCGUGAAGUGGGGAGGAGCAGCGUAUUCCUCGACGUGCCCUUCUGCAGAAAGACUGGAAUACUGCCGAUUCAUUUAUUUCAAUUGUUAAUUUGCUACUGCCUGUUUGAUAGUUGUUUGUUUGCCAGAAAACUGAAAGGAGGUUCUAAGAAGGUUCUAAGUUUUGUAGGUUCUUGUUGUAACUGUAUUUAUUCCCUUUUUAUCUUAUUCAUGGACAACCCAAAGUAUAAAUAUCAAACUACGGUUGACCUAAUCUAGUCUAUCAAGACUAAGAUUUGCCCUGGAGUGGGCUAGUUAUCUGGGUUUUUCUCAUCCCAUUUGCAGAUAAUUUAUGAUGUCAAAAGGUUUAUGAAGAUCUUGUUCAUGACAGAGGCUAUACAUUUCUCUUGGAGGACCUCUAUUUGGACCUGAUCUAGAAUAUUUCAAAUAUCACCCUGGUGUUGAGCCAAUAACAUCAGUUUUUAUGUUUAAAAGGGAUUUUGUAGGUUCCUGCAGUCAUUGUAUUUAUUCUUUAUUCUCUUUUUAUCUUAUUCACUGACAACCCAAAGUAUAAAUAUCAACCUACAGUUUAUGAAAUGAUAAAUGGUUCAAGAUUUCCUGGUGUGGGACAGUUAUCUACUUUUUUUCCGAAUUUGCAGAUCUCAAAGUAUAAAUUUCUACCAAGGGUUUAUGUUCCAGGCGCUAUGAUGCUAUAAAUAGUCAUGGCAUUUAUAUGAAAGAUAACAUGAUGAUCCUUGCAUUUCAUGGAACCAAAUUUUUCCUAAAAAUUAUUUUGUGCUUAUCUGUAUUUUCUUGCUUUUAGUAGUGGAGUUGUUUUAAAUGCCCUGCCAACAUUUAGUGCUGGGACUAUAAAGAGGAAUGCUUUUUGCAGUUGCGCUUCUGUUGUUUGAGAAGAAAAAUAUGCAGGUUUUUAGUUGAACUGAAAAAGUCAAGUUCUCAUCGUUGGAUCAUCUUCAGGCUUCAAGAUGCUUCUUCAAGCUUUUGUAAUGAAACGCAAUGGUAUCAAGCAUUAAGGUAUAUGUGAAUAGGUUUUACAAAUGGACAAUGGAGUAUUGAAACGGCAACAUAUAAUACUUUUUUUCUGACUGAUCGUUGUCAUGGAAGUUUCUGGAACCGUGAACAGAAAGUCUUUACUUGUGUUGAUCAUGUUUCUAAUAUUCCCUGUUAACCAGCUGGAACCCAUGACUGCCAUUUAGCCUUGGAAAUAUAUGUCACUGCUAAUUAUAUAUGAUUGGCCACCAUUCGUUACUGAUGAGAGGUUGUGUAAUCUAGUAGAUUGGAUAUCACGCCAAUGGCCGGAGUCUGGGGAAAUUCUUAACUUCAUCAUAGAAGUGAAACUGACAGGUUCUAUUAUUUUGUGUGUCUGCCAUUUCCAGCUGAUGUGGGAAAAUUUGUAUUGCAGGCAAAUACAUUUUCUGACCUUUCCAGUCUGUGUAUACUUAAACUCAUACUGAAAUUGGCUUUGAUUGAUGACAAGGCUUUUUCUAUGUUCUGAAGAUUCCAAGCAAUGCUUGCAUGAUAUUUUUUCUGUUGCUCAUUAAUGGGUUAUUUCAAAUAUCUCUAAAGCUAGACAGUUUUGCAUUCUCUUGUUUGGGGAUACAUUUGGGGACAGGGUUUGUCUGCAGAAUGUCUUGUUUAUAGUCUUCCGAAUAUUGUACUGAUAAACAAAUAAAAUACAUGGUGUUAUACCUCUGCUUCAGCAAAUAACCUCUCGUCUGCUGCAGAGCAAUGCAUUUGAAGACUGUUCCGAUGGUGCUUUAAGAUAUUAAAGAGGCUUAAUGAUAGGUCUUUUACCUGAACACCAGGGAACUGUCAAUGACUAUGAAAUGGGUUUGUUAUAGUUUGUCUCUGCAUGCAGUAUCCACUGAAUAAAUAUCAGACACAUUUCUUUUCAACCACACAAGGACAUCCUUACAGUUUCAGAGCUAAGCCCUGCUUGGGACAUUUUGCUGUGUGGCUGUUCUGUUUUUUAACACAUCUCUCAAGCACAAUACACAGUCUAGAAUAAAAAGGGCUCACAAGCAGCCAAUUACUUAUGCUAUAGGAAGGAUAGCUAAAUAUAUUUUAGUUCCUGGCGAAAAGUGAAUGUUUUAUUUAUAUGUAUUGAUUAUUAAUCACGUUUAUAAUCUACAGUGUCAACCCCAAAUCAAUUAUUGAUGGUAUUUAUAUCCAAAUCAUUAGUUUCUGCUUGAACUCACCUUAUCUCUUCUAACUUGGGGCUUAAGCUGGGCAUACACAUUAAGCAUUUAUUUAGCUAAGUCACCAAAUGAGUAGAUCCUGAUUUGGCCACCAAUAUGAUGGGACAAAUCAAAAUGAUCCAAUGCACAACCCAACCCACAGAUUGGAUCACAAUGGGGAUCUAUUGAGACACACUGAAAAUGUGGGGUUUUUAAACCUGUCCAAAUAUAUCUAGCCCAAAUAUUAGGCAGGUCCUCCAAAGGGCAAGAUAUGUGGACCAAAAAGCUGCCAACUCAUGGACGUUUCUGGCAUUAUGAAUAGAAAAUCUAUACUUGUGUUGAUCAUUUUUCUAUUAUUCCCUUGAAUCCAUCACCAUUUAUUAAUGAGCAGCUGUAUAAAUAACUAACCAGGAAGGCAAAACCGCACUAAUGAAUGAAGUCUUGGUCCUCCUAAGUAGUGGAUUUCAAAGGCAGGCGUUGCCUGAGGCGGUUAUUGCAAACCCACCCCCUUCUCCCCAGCGCUUACCUUUCCAGCAUGGCAGGGGGUCAGCAUCACUAGUGCAGAGAACACAAUUGUUCUCUCUCCCCUAGAAAUGCAGAAUUUCUGGUUUAAUGUUACCAGGCGUGUCUUUUUUGUUGCCCUUGGUAACCUGCUGGGCACUGCCGCCUGAGGCGAAUAUUUCAAAUCACCUCACCCCUGCACCUAAAGGCACAAAACAUGGGCCAAUAAGCUGCAGAAUAAACCAAUGUAAGGUCACCUUAAUUCUAUUUGAAUUUCAUUUUACUACAAAUAUUUAAAGUAAAUCAAGCAGUCACUUCUUAGUCUACAUUGACAGGAUUAGUGAUCUUUCAAAUUUUAUUUAAUGUUACAAACCUUCUAUAGUUGUUCUGCUUCUCCUAAAUUUUAUUAUGGGUUAAAGCUUGCUGGGAGUUGUACCUAGUAAUUCAGGGCAGGACACAAACAUCAUGGCUGAACAACAUUGCUCAAUGAAUCUCGCUCAGCUAUCCAGUGGCCCUAUUAAUGCUGCUGUGUGCACACCCUGCAUUUUCCUUCCCCCAAUCUUCUCUUUUCAAACAUUUCUUUUUCUUGCUUGGAAUUCCUAAACACUAUGCUCAACAUUCUGAUAUAUUAUUACAGUGUAAUAUUCACAUUUGGCAACAAAACUGCAGUGGUCUCUAUAUGUUAGAUAAGAGCAAUAUACCUAAUAAUAGUGCUGGAGAUGUAUUAUUAUUGUUAUUUAUAAUUUCUAAAACAGCUUAUUUGUUGGCAAUGGUUCCUUUGAUGAUAGUAUACCUUUAAAAGAGAAGGAAAGACAUAAUCACUGGAGGAUACACAUUUGUAACUCUAGCCUGGUGCUUUAGUUUGCUGAAAACUUGCACUUGCCUGGGGUAAUAUUGUAGGAGUGGCACAUCACCAUCUUCUUCCUCUUCAUAGAUCCUUUGUGUGGUCCCAGGCUGUGUGCACAGGCUCAGUAGAGGCAAACAAUGGCUUUUUGCUUCUAUGUUUAGGUUAUCACACAUGGAAAAAGACGAUGGCAACGUGGCAUUUUUCAGCAAAACAAACGCAUCAGCUCUGCAUCCCAUGUAGUGAUUAUAAUUACUUGGGGCUGGCAGGUCUAACAAAUUGGUCCCCCUCAGUGGUCAUGCUUUUCUUUGUCCUUUACCCAUCAGCAUGUGUAUAUAGUUUCUAUAGAGCAGUAACAACCACUAAACCCUGAUUGUGACAAUGGGUAAGGUAAUGGCACUCUAACAAGAUUUCCUUGGAACUAGUGACAAGCUUUUAGUACUUGCCAGAGAAACAGUCUUUGAAAGGCAUUGACUUUCCAACAGUAGAGGGGCAAAAGCACAACAGCCACUCUGUUUUACACUUAAAAAAAUAUGAAAAAAAUAAAAAGCAGUCAAAAUAACAAAAAAAAGAUGAAACUUUCGUUUUUGUAAGUGACUUAAAACCGUUAACCGGUGUAACGUGUUGCAGAAGUAUUUGUUCAGGUUUAUUACUUUGUGGUAAACAAAUCCUAAUGAUGCAUUUUCUGGCUGUAUAUUUUAUCCUUGAUGUUUGAUUUCAAUAAAUGGCACAAUCCUAAAUAAAUUUGUUUCUGUGCAAUA